UACAAGACCGUCACUCCUAGAGGUCCUACAAGAAAUCUUCAAAUGGCAAAAAUGAGACCCGGUGAGAAGAAAAAAGUGGAUUUCAACAUAAAAGGCCAACCUAUUGGUGUGAAUAGAGCUUGUCUUGCAAGUUAUUGUGGCUCCCUUGUUAGAGAUCCUCUUAAUGCCCCACUUCAAAAGUUGAAAGUAUUUUCAGAAAUUCCAGAAGAGAAUAAGGAGAAGAUGUGGGAUCUUGUUCUGGAAAAAUUCGAUAUUGGACUUGAGGAUGAUCAAGAUGAAGGGGAACGUGAAAAAAUAAAAAAAGAAAGGAAAACAUACAUCAUGGGAUCUUUGAAUAAAAAAUACAGGAAUUAUCGUGCAAGACUGAAAGCUGAUUAUUAUGAUAUUGAGAGCACAGACGAGGAGAGGCUUAAAGAAGAAAACAGGCCACCAAAUGUUGACAAAGAUGACUGGGAAUGGCUUGUUGAGUACUUUGGAUCAGACGAGUUUAAGGGUAAGAGUACAAGAAAUACCGAAAAUCGAUCUUACCAAGAUGUCGGACACACUUCUGGUACAAAGAGUUUUGCUCAAAAAGUUGAAGACAUGUUCGAACGUGACAAAGUAAUGCCGACCAUGCUGAAAUUGUACGAGGAAACUCAUUCAAGAAAGGAUAAGACACCGGUUACUGAAGUGGCAAAAGAAACAAUGUCAAAAAUGAAAGAGCUUUUAGCGCAACGUGAGGCGGGAGAAAUAUAGAUGACAGAUGAAGAAAUCUAUGCAAAAGUUAAACCCAUUGGUAAACGCGGUCGUGAUCGUGGCAAGGGAGUAAGCCCCUCCAUUACAUCAUUAUAUGGGUCAUUCAGUGAAGGAGAAAAACUGCGAAAAGAAGCUAAUGAGGCAAAGAUUGAGGCAAAGGAGGCCAAUGAGAAAAAUGAA